UAGCCCACGCCGUGCAGUGGUCCCGCGCCUCGCUGGUGAUGACGCACAUCCGGGGCGGCUUGGGAGGUAAGAUGGCGGCGCCCAUGGAGGUGGCUGUGUGUACGGACUCGGCGGCUCCGCUGUGGAGCUGCGUCGUGUGGGAGCUGCACUCGGGCGCCAACCUGCUCACCUACCGCGGCGGCCAGGCGGGACCCCGCGGCCUGGCGCUGCUCAAUGGAGAAUAUCUGCUGGCGGCGCAGCUGGGCAAGAACUACAUCAGCGCCUGGGAGCUGCAGCGGAAGGACCAGCUCCAGCAGAAGAUCAUGUGUCCCGGGCCUGUCACCUGUCUGACCACGUCACCCAAUGGCCUUUACGUCCUGGCGGGAAUUGCAGAAAGCAUAUAUCUGUGGGAGGUCUCCACCGGGAACCUUCUGGUCAUCCUGAGCCGGCACUACCAGGACGUCUCGUGCCUGCAGUUCACGGGGGACAGCAGCCACUUCCUCUCGGGGGGCAAGGACUGCCUGGUGUUGGUGUGGAGCCUCUGCAGUGUGCUGCAGGCCGACCCCUCCAGGAUCCCGGCCCCCCGGCACGUCUGGUCUCACCACACGCUCCCCAUCACAGACCUGCACUGUGGCUUUGGGGGACCUCUGGCCCGGGCGGCCACCGCCUCACUGGACCAGACUGUGAAGCUGUGGGAGGUCUCCUCCGGCGAGCUGCUGCUCUCGGUGCUCUUUGACGUGGGCAUCAUGGCCGUGACCACAGACCUGGCCGAGCACCACAUGUUCUGUGGCGGCAGCGACGGCUCCGUCUUCCAGGUGGACCUCUGCACCUGGCCCGGGCAGAGGGAGCGGAGCUUCCAGCCGGAGCAGGACACCGGGAAGGUCUUCAAAGGGCACAGGAACCAGGUGACCUGCCUGUCAGUGUCCACUGAUGGCAGCGUGCUGCUCUCGGGCUCCCACGACGAGACCGUGCGGCUCUGGGACGUGCAGAGCAAGCAGUGCAUCCGGACAGUGGCGCUCAAAGGCCCCGUGACCAACGCCACCAUCCUGCUGGCGCCCCUCAGCAUGCUGAGCUCGGACUUCAGGCCCAGCCUGCCGCUGCCCCACUUCAACAAGCACCUGCUGGGCGCCGAGCACGGCGACGAGCUGCGCUGCGGGGGCCUCACCCUGCGCCUGGGCCUGCACCAGCAGGGCUCUGAGCCCAGCUACCUGGAGCGGAUGGAGCAGCUGCAGGCGGUCAUGUGCAACACCAUGGAGAAGAACGUCCUGGGCGGCCAGGACCAGCUGCGGGUCCGUGUGACCGAGCUGGAGGACGAGGUGCGAAACCUGCGCAAGAUCAACCGCGACCUCUUCGACUUCUCCACGCGCAUCAUCACCCGGCCCGCCAAGUGAGGCCAGGCCGCUGCCGGGGCAGACCCCGCCCCAGGAAGCUCCCCCAGCCGAGUGCAGUCCAGGCCCCUGCGCCAGCCUAGCGGAGCGAGCCUUGGCGGAGGUGGCCCCCAACGCUCCGGGGCCAGGCUCGCCGAGCCACUCUUGUGUUUUCUUUGGGGUUUUUCCUCCUGUGAUUGGGUGGAUUUGUCUCAUGUCACUGCACUGAUGUCUUGUGUCACGUUAGGUCAUGUUGGUGCUGGUCUGUUUUUAACAAAAGAUGACAUGA